AUGCGCGAGAACGUCGUGUCAUUUGCCUUGAGCACGGUGGUGGCACACCUGCUCUUGUCUAAAGCAUACGCCGCGAGGCCCUGCGGGAAUUCGAGUGCAGGUUUCCAGUAUCGCCUGGGCGACAUGAGAUAUGACGGGCCAGACCCGAGCAAGAACAACGGCCUGGCCACCAUCGCAGCGAGUUUGCAAGGCAGCACUGGAACUCCCUUGUUUGAGUGCAUCGGACAGUGGCCUAAAGCAUGGGAGGGCUGGUAUGAAGACGGGAAUAAGCUGAUAUGGGGCGACUGCAUCUAUACCGGCGCUGGCCUGGCCCAGGACAGGACUGUGUCCUUUGCAGUGGACUGGAAGAAGAGGGCGAUGUACCUGGCACACACGUUUGCCUGCUCUGACAAGGAAGGAUCCGACGGGCUGGCAAUUGGGUCCAUAAGCCUCGACCUCAACUGCACAACCGCAGAUGACGGCAGCUUCUGUGUCCCCAAGAGCCCAUCGACGGGUACUCGGCCGACGCUCACCAUCUCCACUACACUUCUGCCGGCUCCCCUAGAUGGGACUGUGGCAUGCAUAGACGCAUCUACACAGUACCAGUCGUGGAGGCUGGAGAACUGGCAACGGCGCAUUGAGAUGGAGCCCGGAUCCUCGCCAACCAAUCCGAAGAUUGUGUCUGACUCGGGUCCGUCCUUUACCCUUAGGAGCCUUGCCCUCGGCGGCGAGCUCAGCUGCGCAACAUCCGGCCAGCAAAAUGGCACAUUUGUGGGCGCAUGCAGGUUCGCGGACGCAGCAGCCAGAACCACGGGCGAGUUCUCCUUUGACCCAAAGCUGAACAUGCUUGUUAUCUCUCAGCAGUGGAGGUGCGAUGACUCGACAUCAUUCGAGACCGAUGGCGUGAUCUUCAUGCAAGCAUCCUGCGGGCGCGUCUUUAACAGCAACAUGUUUAUUUGUACUUCCAAUCCUGUUUGGAUUGGCACAGGAGUGGUGUAA